CGGGAAUAACUCUUUCACUCCCUCCAUCUUUCUCUCUCUCCAUCACAUGUGAAACUCCAGUCUACUCCCGCUCAAAAAACCCCCAAAUUGGAUUGAAAAACCCUAGUUUCCCAGAAACCCUACCUCAUCAAUUCAAUGGAAAACCCACCUGAUCAAUCAUCGCCAGCGAAGGCCGUCGAUCUACAAUCACCGGAUCCGAAAGUUGUUCGCCGGAAAUUUGUACAGACGACGCUGUUUCCUCUUAAGCCGCACAACACUAAAGUGGAGGAAAUUCCCGACGAUGACGAUGAGGCGGAAGUUGGCGGUAGUCAAGGAGGAAAGAAAAAAAGAGGUAGAAAACCGAAGGGAAACACUACGCCGCAGAAACGGGGUGUUAAGAAGGUUGUUGAUACCAAAGUGGAGGAAAUCGGGGACGACGAUGACGUGGAGGAAGCUGGUGGGAGUCAAGGAGGAAAGAGAAAGAGAGGGAGGAAUACAAAGGGGAAUUCUACGCCUUCGAAACGGGGGUCAAAGAAGCAGGGGACUCCCAAUGGAAAAGAUGUUUCUGUUGUUGCAAUUGAUGAUACUGAAUCUCCUGAUGAUGCAAGUCCUCAACAGCUGAAAGCAAAACGACGUGUUUCAACAAAAAAUGGAAGGAGUAACGGGAAUAAAGCAGCAUCCACGUCUAAGGGAACUCAUCCAGUAGCUACCCUGCAAUCUUCACAGCCUGUUCCUGAUCUGUGGCUGGAGGCUAAAAAGACAGCCGAGGAGAAUUCACGGAUAUUUGCUGGAAAACAGAUACAUCCAUUUUUCUCCUCGUGGAAGGCGGGAAAAAAAGAUUUGGAGACUACUGAGGUGGAGAAUAAUGGGUGCUUAGAGAAAACGAAGGAGAGAAAUGUGGAGUUAGGUCCUGUUCAUGUAUUUGAUACUGCUAAGGAUACUUAUGAUAUUAUUGACUGGAGCAAUUGGACCUUUGAUGACGGGAUCUUCAGCAAGAAAACUUGUAUUCAAGAAAGGAAUGGUUCUUGCUUUGAAGGCAUUGUUGAUUCCUUAAAUUUUAAUGGUAUCCCAAGCGCUUCAAAUCAUUCCGUAAUGCAUCUUAAGGAUAUUUCUUUGGCCCAACUUCGUGGUGAAGAAGGCUCUUCUGUAUUAUGGACGUCUGUCUCUCCUAUAGUAGUUGAUAAAGAAGUAACAGCAUAUGACCCACUGGCGAAUAUAGAAAAGGAGAGAGAAUCUUGUAUAUAUGGUAAUGUCGGCUAUUUCAGCUCACAUUUUGAGCAGCAAAAUACCAUUCCGCGGGAAAGAAUUACGUCAUACUAUUUAAAUCGUGGUAAUUAUCCAGAGAAUGGCUUGUGGGCAAACAAAUAUCAUCCAGAAAAGGCAUUGGAGGUUUGUGGUAACAGUGAAGCUGUAAAGUUUAUAAAUGACUGGCUGGGUCUUUGGCAAGCAACGGGUUCUCGUGUAACCAAAAGCUCCUACUCUGCUGACAAGUGUUCGGUCAAGUGCGAUGAAUAUGGUCUUUAUGAUAGUGAUUCAGAUUCUGAAAAUGCAGAAGAAUCUGGUUUGAAAAAUGUUCUUUUGGUAACAGGGCCUGUUGGGAGUGGAAAGUCGGCAGCUAUUUAUGCUUGUGCAAAAGAGCAAGGCUUCCAAGUCAUUGAGGUUAAUUCAUCGGACUGGAGAAAUGGAGCUCUUCUUAAGCAAAAAUUCGGAGAGGCUGUAGGAUCGCAUUUGCUCAAGCGGUCCCAGGAAAGCCCAUCGGGUAAACUCAACUUAAAGUCUUCACCUGUAAUUACAAAUGGAGCACCAGCACAAGGUUUGAACAAUGGUGUAGUUGAAGUUAUAUCUCUGUUAGAAGAGGAAGAUUAUGUGGGUACUGUUGGAAGUCAAUACCACAGUAAUGUUAGACAUUCUUGUGACAAAGGUGACAUCAAAACCUUGAUACUUUUCGAGGAUGUUGAUGUUACUUUAUGUGAUGAUCGGGGAUUUAUUUCCACCAUACAACAACUUGCUGAUACAGGAAAGCGGCCCAUGAUAUUGACUAGUAAUAAUGAAAGCCCGCUGUUGCCGGACAAUUUGGAUAGAGAAGAAGUGUGUUUCACAAUGCCAUCACAAAAGGAGCUGGCACACCAUAUACAUCUGGUUUGUUCUGCUGAAAAAGCCGACAUACAUCCGAAUCUUAUUGAGAGAUGCAUCGAAUUUUGCCAAGGGGACAUCCGUAAGACUUUGAUGCAUCUUCAAUUCUGGUGCCAGAGCAACAAAUGCAUUAAAGAUGGGAAAAUGCAAAGUAUCACUUGUCCUCUGAUGUUCAACCUUGAAGCUGGCCACUGUAUAUUGCCUAAACUGAUUCCUUGGGCAUUACCCUCUUUGCUAUCCGAGUUUGUUGAAGCAGAAGUUGCGAAAUCCUUUUCCGGAAUUGAAGAAAACCAUAACUUGUUAGGAAUGAUUGAGGAAGAAGAAGCAGGCAAUAUAGGAAUACAGAAUAAGCAGGACUCUGAUAUAGGUGAAACAGCUAGUAUUGAGGCAAAGAAGGAAGCAAUUUUAAGCGGAAACUACUUUUUAGAUCUAGACAACGAUAUUGUUGCCGGAAGCAAUCAAUGUGAGUUCUCCAAUUCAUCAGGCACCCCGGUAGCAUUUAAUCGCCGCAAUAUGCGCAGAAAAGUUGACACUGUGCUGUCAGAUUCCGAAGAUGAGAUCUGUAAUCAUGAAAAUCUUCCUGUUUCGGCCGGUUUGUUUGGUAACGGUAAUGGUACAUUAUUCUCAGAAGUUCAUUCUCAGUUUCCUGUCCUUCACUCGGGUUUAGAGGGAGCUUCAAAUGAGUUUUGGGGACAGUUAGUUCAUCCCGGUGCAAAAGAAGUAGAAGCAGAAACAGUAAAGGCUAACCACUUCAACUUUUUUGCUCAGGGUAACUCAUAUAACCAAUCUACUGACCCUUGUGUACACGCUGCAGAGGCAAAACAUCAUCAACAACUAGAAUUUGUACAUGCAAACUGUAGUAGUUUUGGGGAAGCCAAUGACUCUUUGAACCUGUUCAAUGACCUGCUAGAACAUACUCGAGAUGGAAAGUUUGGAGAAGCAGUUGAUCAUGAAAAAUUUCCAACAGUAGGUAACUCUGGAAACCAGUCACCCUGUUAUUUUGAAGAGGCAAAUAGAGUGGAAAUAGGGACAGGAAAUGAAGUAAAUCUGUGUUUGAACCCAUUAAACGACCUUGUACAACAUUUUGAUGAGGAAAAAGUUGCAGUAAAGAGAUGCCUCUUUCCACUUCCAGUACAGGCGGGUCCCAUCAGCAUGGCAGAAUCUCAGCAUCAGCAUCUUGAAAUGGGAACUGUGAAUCAUGAUGGUCCGGUAGCAGCUGAUGCCUCUUUUAAUCCAUCUUUUGACCAGUUACUUUCUUGUAGUAAGGCAAAUAUGGCAAACAGUGAGCAGCAACAUCCAGGAACAGCAAAUGGUAAUCCUUUCUGCUAUACAGCGUUGGGUGACUCUUUGAACCCUUCAAGUGACCACCUGAUUAAUUUUGUAGAGGCUAAAGAAAAGGAAAUUCAGAACCAACUUCCAGAGGCAGGUGAUGGAAGUGGCAACAGCUUUGCAGCUGUUGAUGGUCCUAUAUUACAAUUGAGUAACCAAUUCCUUACAGUGGAAAACCCGGAGAAAAUCCAGCUGCAACAUCCAGAAAUUUCUGAUGUCAAGUAUGAUGGUUGUGUACAAUUAGAUGGUUCUCUGAAACCAAUGGGUGAUCAAUCACCUUAUAAGGAUAUUAUGGAUUUCAUCGGUUGUCCUACCAUAGACAAUUCUCUGAACCCAUUAGACGGCAAAACAACAAAUUUAAUUGAGGUAACAGCAGAGGAGAAUCAGUGCCAAUCUUCAGACACUACAAAUGUUAAUCAUGUGAUGGAUCAGUGCCAGUCAUUUAACAUGUCUUAUGUACCAGAGUCCACAUAUGUUCCAGAAACUGAGGUUAAUGAUGGAACAGAGUGUCCGUCAGGAACAGAUCUGAUGGAAAUUGUGUCACGUGUUACAAUUAACAAUGCGGACCCAUCUGAUGAAAUCAAGCUUCAUCAAGCUUCUGAGUAUAGGUUUUGUGGUUUUGACAUAAAUAUGAAUGUGAGGGAUGAGGAGAUGGGAGAUUCUCACUGUGAAAAAGAACAUCUUGAGCCCAGCACAUCUGGUUGUCCGGUGAUGGAUGAGUGCAGUCGUAUGGAUUUCUUUAAGAGAUCCAAGAGCUUUAGGAACUCUCCAUUGAAAGUGAAAAAUUAUGUACACAAUUCUGUACAGGAAAGGUGGAAAGAACUCCGACAGACAGAUUUGGGACAAUAUUUAAUCGCGGAACAUAAAAAUGCUCUUCAACUUGUGGAUUUGGGUUAUAGAAUGAGCAAUCUAAUAUCCGAGGGCGAUCGUUUACUUCAUGACUAUGAAUAUCUACUCAAUGAUUCUUCAGGUCUUAGUGAGGAAACUUACACCUUUAGCUGGCAUGAUCAGCAAGUUCGGAUGGCACUUUCAAUUGCACAAUAUGGCUAUUUUUUGUAUGCUAAAGAUAUUGAUGCUUUACAAUCAAAUAUGGGCGUAGCCAACAAUUUACAUCUAGGUUGGGAGAUGCUUGUGUCAACAGGUGACUCGGUGGCGUUAGGAAAGCUACUCAGUCUAAGUAAGAGUCAAAUUUCACUGACUGACACAAGCAUAAAGCAGGCAACAACUGUUGAUAGUUCAUCAACAAGAGAAAGGGAGAUGUGGGUGCAGAAUAUUGUUCAGUCAGUAGUUCCAUUGAGAUCUUACUUAACUGUGAGAGGACAUGCACUCCAUGAUUAUCUUUCUUCAUUGACUCAAAUUUCGAGAUCAGAGGCUUCUCGCUUGGCUGAAGCUCCUCAGAAAACAAAACGAAGAAGGGUGCGCGUUGCCAAGAACUAUUUAAGCAGUGGCGGUAUAAACUUGUCACAGGACGAUAUCUUAAAGUUGAACGAGUACGAUUUCUGUCGAAAAGAUACAUCAUAAUCAAGAAACUUGUAGGAUUACUGACUAAAUUUAAACUAAUUGUUAGUUUAUUUUUUUACAAAAUUGCUGUUGUAAAUAAUAGUAUAGCUUAGUAUUGAUCCUUCUUCAACUUGUAUUCUUUGCAUAAAGUUUGAAGUGAAGGGUUUGUUGUAAAUGUUUUUAGUGAUAAUAUUGAUUUAUUGAAAUCAAAGGUAAGCUUCUCACUAUCA